GUGAAAUGCUUUCGCUAGGCACUUCAUGGCCGUGAAGAUGGCGGUAGCUGCGUGGCUUCAGGUGCUGCCUGUCAUUCUUUUUCUUCUUGGGGCUCAGCCGCCCCCACUGUCGCUUUUCGGUGUAGGACCGUCACCCGUUUCUGCUACCGACCGAUCUAAGUGGCACAUUCCCAUACCGUCGGGGAAAAAUUAUUUUAGUUUUGGAAAGAUCCUCUUCAAAAAUACCACUAUCUUCCUGAAAUUUGAUGGAGAAACUUGUGAUUUGUCUUUGAAUAUAACCUGGUAUCUCAAAAGUGCUGACUGUUACAAUGAAAUCUAUAGCUUCAAGGCUGGAGAGGUGGAGACCUAUUUGGACAAACUUAAGGGGAAAAAAGGCUUGUCUGGGAAAUACCAAACAUCAUCAAAAUUAUUCCAAAACUGCAGUGAACUCUUUAAAACACAGAGCUUUUCUGGGGACUUUGUGCAUCGAUUACCUCUUUUAGGAGAAAAACAAGAGGUUAAGGAGAAUGGAACAAAUAUUACCUUUACUGGAGAUAAAACUGUGAUGCAUGAACCAUUAAAAACUUGGCAAGAUGCACCAUACAUUUUUAUUGUACAUAUUGGCAUUUCAUCUUCAAAGGAACCAUCAAAAGAAAGUUUACUCAGUAACCUUUUUACCAUGACUGUUGAAGUGAAGGGUCCCUAUGAAUACCUCACGCUUGAAGAGUAUCCAUUGAUGAUUUUUUUCAUGGUGAUGUGUAUUGUAUAUGUCCUGUUUGGUGUUCUUUGGCUGGCAUGGUCUGCCUGCUACUGGAGAGAUCUCCUAAGAAUUCAGUUUUGGAUUGGUGCUGUCAUCUUCCUGGGAAUGCUUGAAAAAGCUGUCUUCUAUGCAGAAUUUCAGAAUAUUCGAUACAAAGGAGAAUCUGUCCAAGGAGCCCUGAUCCUGGCAGAGCUGCUUUCAGCAGUUAAACGCUCACUGGCGCGAACCCUCGUCAUCAUAGUCAGUCUGGGGUACGGCAUAGUCAAGCCUCGCCUUGGAGUCACUCUGCACAAGGUUGUGGUGGCAGGAGCCCUUUAUCUUUUGUUCUCUGGUAUGGAAGGGGUCCUCAGAGUUACUGGGUAUUUUUCUUAUCCCUUGACUCUGAUAGUAAACCUGGCCCUCUCAGCAAUUGAUGCCUGUAUUAUUUUAUGGAUAUUUAUCAGCCUGACUCAAACAAUGAAGCUAUUGAAACUUCGGAGGAACAUUGUAAAACUCUCUCUGUACCGACAUUUCACCAACACCCUUAUUCUGGCAGUGGCAGCAUCUAUUGUGUUUAUCAUCUGGACAACCAUGAAGUUCAGGAUAGUAACUUGUCAGUCGGAUUGGCGGGAGCUAUGGGUGGACGACGCCAUCUGGAGGUUGCUUUUCUCCAUGAUCCUCUUUGUCAUCAUGGUUCUCUGGAGACCAUCUGCAAACAACCAGAGGUUUGCCUUUUCACCAUUGUCUGAGGAAGAGGAGGAGGAUGAGCAGAAGGAACCUAUGCUUAAAGAAAGCUUUGAAGGCAUGAAAAUGAGAAGUACCAAACAAGAACCAAAUGGAAAUAGUAAAGUAAACAAAGCACAGGAAGAUGAUUUGAAGUGGGUAGAGGAGAAUGUACCUUCUUCUGUGACAGAUGUAGCACUUCCAGCCCUUCUGGAUUCAGAUGAGGAACGAAUGAUCACACACUUUGAAAGAUCCAAAAUGGAGUAAAUAAUGGAAUGAUUUUCAGUUGAAGAUGGCUUAUGUCUGGGAAGAGAUUAAGCUCUGUGUCAGUCUUCUACACGUCUCCAUGGGAUUAAAGGAAGCAGUGACAUCCUGAUCUGUUCCUUGGUCUUUGUGCAUUAGAGCUGGCAAGAAGUGUCAGAACAAGGAGAACAUCUUAUUGAAAACAAGUUCAUAGGAUGAGAAAAAUCUACCUUUCUUAUUUACAACUUGAUGUCCUUUUCCCUCCCAUAACCUGACAUGGAUGUUUAUGCAAUUUAUGUGUGUUGUUCCUGAAUCUCCUAUACUGUUUAAAUUGUUUAAUCUGUCAAACUAAAAAAGUUAACAUCUUCUAAAGAACUAUGAUGUCAAUGCAGUAAUACGUAAUCUCCAGGAGCAACUGCCUGUAAUUUUUAUUUAUUUAGGGCGUUACAUAGGUGAUGGGGGAAAUUGUUAAUUACCUUUCCAUUUCCUGGCUAGCCAAGGUUACAUCUUGCAGAGAUAGUUUUGAAAAAAUCCGUCUGAGUUAAGGAGAGCCAUGGCCUAGCAAUGAUUCAAAGAAAAAAGAAGGAAGAAACGGUUAUCGUGUGAUUCAGAUCAUUUAAAAAAGCAAAAUCAAGUGCAAUUUUGUUUACAAAUGGGUGUAUAUUAAAGAUUUUUCUAUUUCAGAUGUACUUUAGAGAGAAAUAUUAGUUUAACUCUUUUGACAUCUGUUAUUGUGACACAUCCCAUUGCUGGCAAUGUGGUGCAAACUCCAGAACUUUUAACUACUGUUUUGUAAGUUUCCAGGGCAACAUUGCUUUGUUUGCCUUCACUCCAUUCUCUGGGUGUUGCACUAGGUGCAGAGGCUAUUCAUCUGAGUGCUUAUGAGUAAGCUACUUGCUAUAGGUACUGUGAUGCUUCAGAAGCAGGAGCUAAUUCAAAGGAGACAGGUCAUUUUUUGGCUUAAUUUAAACCAAUUUUUACUCCAUUUAGUAGUAUUGAGGCCCUGGACUUGCUGCUCAUUGUUUAGGAUUGACUAUUCUUGUAACUGGUGUUGGUCUUAGGGACUGUUUAUAAGACUGUUUACAAGGUGAUGGGAUUCAUUUGAAGCACUAUAUUUGUUUUAAUGGUUUUGCCUUCCCAAGAUUUUUGUUCUACAUAGAAAGUUCAUGCCACUUUUUAAUAUAAAAAAAUUUUAACA